UUGCUACUUACCAGUGUACUUACUCAACUGCACGUUCUAUCCUAUAGCUGUACUUUGUUGGAAUGCAAAACAGCGACUGGAGUGACUUUCUAUAUGCAGCAUGCUUGAUAGCAGUGAUAUUUUUCGUAGUCGGGACGAUUAUGCUUGUUCUAUAUGUAAUUCGUGUUAUUUGCACGUCUGCAUCCGUAGCGACACAAGAUAUCGAAUCGGGUGCUCGAAGCGAAGGCGCUAUAAGCGAAACUCGAAGCGAGCGUUCGCAAACGUUAAGAUCUGUUAAAAGUCUUUCAUCAGGAAGAACGGGAAGCAUAAGAAGCAGAAGAAGCAGAAGAAGUGAAACUCGACCGUCGCAACGAUCAACUUCUCUUUCACAAUCGGAGCGCGAGAAAGAGCCCGGAAGUCGUCGAAGCACGUCAUUACGAAACAUACCACUUCGAAGCGCACAGGGAAGUCGAGGACAAACACUGAACGUAGUGCUCAAGAAAAAAGAAGUAAAGUUUUCCAAAACUGAGCACUCUUCCGAGGAAGAUGAAGCUGUUCCCGAUAAUACACAAAUAAAAGGAGUUGAAAUUCCUAAGCAGACUAUAAAGGCUGGAGCACAUGAGGAAGAUGAAGUUGUUUCUAGAACAAAAGGACCUGUGGGGAUUAAUAUUCCUAAAGAAACUAUAAAAGCUGGAGUUGCUGACGAUGAUGAGAAAGAUGAAAUCGCUCCCAAAGGCAUAAAGGGAAUUGAUAUUCCCAGAGAGACUUUAAGAUCUGGAGCUGCUGGAGAAAGACAUGUUACUAAGCCCAAAGCAGCUCCUAGUAUCACAUUUAAUGUAGAGCCUGGAGCAUCAAUCUCAGUGAAUGUUCUCAGUAGAAGAGCUUAUGCUGGUGGUGGAGAGAAUGAACGCUUUUGCGACUUUGACAAAAACUUAGGUUUAUACUCAGAAAGACAAAAACUAUGUUGUUAUCAUUUCUUCUAAUAGUUUUGUCAAAUUAAAACCUUUGUGAAUGCUCGCCAUUGCGUAAAGAUUCCGGCAGUUUAAUUUCUCCAUCAAAACAGUUUUGUAUCUGUUCAAUCGCCUCUUAAAUUGUAAUGGUAUUGUUUUUAGCCA